AACACUUUUAAUGAGGCUUAUGUGAUGGUCAUCCCUCUGUUACUGGAUAUGAAAGAUGACAUGAGAAAAGCCUGGAUCCUGUGCAGUGAAAGCAGAGGUUUAACCCUGGGCUUGGAGUCGAGAGCCUUUGUCGACAUUCUGAAAGCAUGGAAGACCACAUCAUAUGCCUCUACUCUAUGA